AUGGUUUUUACAAAGAGUUCGGCAUUUGUGUUAUUGAUAUUGGUGUUACUAUCGCACGUAGCUCGCUGCACCCACUUUAUCAUAGCUCCAUUGGAGAAAGAUUGUCUUCACUUUCGAGUUGAAAAGAAUAACGUUGUUGUUGGAUCUUACGAAAUAAUUGACAAGAAAGCAUCAUGUUCAAUAUAUAUUGUCAACAGAAAUGACAAAAAAAAGGAAAAAAUUUUCAAGUCGGAAAAUGUGCAGGACAAGUUUGAGAUUAAGGUUGCAAAACCAGGUAUUUAUUCGUUCUGUUAUGCAAACCAGAAAAAUGUGGAAAUAACAAUUAUGUUCACGUUGAGAGUAAAGGAAAGUCACGAUAUUUCUGAUGAGGAGUUGGGUACAGUUGAUGAUGUAAAAAAAAUAAAUAGCCAUGCAUCCCAAUUGCAUGAACAAUUUUUUGAAGUCUUUGAAGAACAAGAAAAAAUGAUGGAAACAACGGAUUUGUACAAGCAAUUUAAUGAAAAAAUGAAUUCGAAGUUAAUUUUGUGGUCUGAAGUACAAAUAGUACUGUUAAUUAUUUUAACCAUAAUUCAUAUAUAUUAUAUAAAGUCCUUUUUCGAAAUAAAAACAAUCGUUUAG